AUGGACAAGCUUUCCGGUCUCGCAUCCAAGCUCGGCGGCAAGGGCCAGAGCAACCAGCAGGGCGGCAGCAGCAGCGGUGGCUCUGGCAACCAGGAAGACUACGUCGACAAGGGUCUCGACUCUGUUGAAAAGAAGUUUGGCGCCGACCCGUCCAAGCUGCGGGACACCAACGAAAAGGUCACUGACGCCGGUCGCCAGCAGUUUGAGAGCCGGACUGGGUAA